ACUUCGGUAUCCGUGGCAGAGUGCCGCACACACACCCCCACACUCUCCCUGCUUUUUGGGGCACUGUGCUAUUCGCACACAAUACAUGCACUGCAUGCAAGAACGGACGGUAUUCAUACAUUCCACCUCGGCCGAUUCUCACAGGCUGACGAACAAAAGACCGCAAGAAGUCAACGUUUCUGCAUGACUAGUCAGUACAAACGUGUCUUUCCCCCCGUGAAACCAUGAUCAAAUAACCAAGCUAUGUAAAACACCAAGUCUGAGGACAUACCUGGUGGAAACGCUGGUUGAUUUUCUCCGCCGAGAUCGCCGUCAAAACUCGCAACAUCAAACAAGAUCUUGGAGUCGAAUCUUCCGCAGACGGUACGCCGCGACAAUCUCGAUACCGUUCGAUCGUGCAUGUAAAUUAUACAGUGACCCUGUGCUGUGCUGCUUACAUGCAACGUUAUCUGCUCUUUCUGUGAACAUUUCCUUCGCUGCACGGCUACCCUGCAGCUGGAGACUGUACAAAGAAUGUCUGCUUUGGAGUGUAAGCAGUGAUUCCUGAUGAGGAUGACAACAGUAGCGACCAAACAACCAGACGAGAUUUAUCUACAAGGCGAACAUCUCAUGAAACGGUGGUUUGGGUCACGUGAUCUCUUUAGCCCCCUUACAAAAUGGCGCGUAGACGUCUGAUGUGGGCCGUUCUCUCCCUCCUCGUCUUUUCCGUCCUCUUUUGGGUCUCCUCAGUCAUCAUCAGCGACAAAAAGGAGUCCAUUACCAGACACAGAUCCAUUCUCGACCAUCUCGGGCAAGCGGCAAGCCGGAAUUACAUAGCAUCGCAGCUUUGGACGAAAGGCGAGGGGACUGACCCGAUUCGGAAGCCCGACUGCACUCCUGAAACCAACGUCGUCUUCAUCAAGACUCACAAGACAGCCAGUAGCACAACUAGUGGCAUCUUUGACCAUUACGCCUACAGAAACAACCUGACGGUGGCUGUGCCACCCGAUGGCGCCCCCUUCAUGGACCGGAAGCUACUCUUCCAACGGGACAUGGUGGCUGACACCAAAGACUCCGGCAUCGGCUGGAAGAGAGAGGACGGGUUCAACAUGCUGACAGCUCACGCGCGGUAUAACCGACCGGAAAUGGACGCUGUGGUGCACAAUGCCAAAUUCGUCACAAUUCUCAGAGAUCCGAGAGCACAGUUUGUUUCUUCGUUUGUCUUCUUCAAUUUUGUGGACCGCUUUAAGCGUAUCUUUGAGUCACGCGGCGAGAAGUACUCGACGGUCAUCGAAGGGUUCAUCAAGAACCCCAUGGAGAAUUACCAGUUAAUGAGCCAUCGCGUCUACUCGCAGGUAUUGUGGAACCAGCAGAUGUUCGAUCUCGGUCUAGACACCGCCUACUUCUCCAACCCGGAAAUCAUCGAGGAGACAUUAUCACGGCUGGAUUCUGAGCUGGAUCUUGUGAUGAUUACCGAGUACUACGAUGAAUCCCUUCUAGUUCUGAAAGACAUCUUAUGCUGGGAAAUGGAUGAUAUCCUCUAUACGCAAAGACUCGUGAGGAACUCCUCCAGCGAGGUAUUUCUUGACAGCGUUACAAAGGACGCCAUAAGCGAAUGGAACGCAGCUGACACCCGGAUGUACGAUUAUUUCAAUAAGACAUUAUGGCGGCGCAUAGCGUCGUAUGGACCGAAUUUUCAGGACGAUCUGAAAAUAUUUCGUCAGAGACUCGCACAAACGACCCCAAGAAAAACGGGGAAGCAUUCACGUGACACGAAGAAGAUAAUAAAACGAAUGAAAGACAGAGGUAUACUGGUUAGAUAGUACAAAUAAAUUAUUCUAGUGAUGUAUAGCAGCAGUGGUCUGCUAUUGAUUUGGCAUAAUUCCGCACUUGCAUGAUAAUGUCUCAAAUCGUCAACACCAAAUUACACUAAAAGUGUCAUUUUCUUGAUCCACGCGACUGAAUACAAUAAGCCACUCCGGAGAAACAAUCUGCGCAUGAGCAGAAAAGGGUAAAUUUUGUACAAACUGUAACAAACCGAUCGAAACAUAAUUAUACUAGAUACAUGAAAGUCAUGUAAUCAUUGUUCAUGUAUACACCGAUGGUACGUUCUGUGAUACACAGGUGGACGUAUUCUUUUCAUGAGGGCAAAGAAACAUGGAGCAACUUCCAUCAUUUGGAUUAUUCUAAAAUACACAGAAGUGUGGCUUAGCCAUGUUUAAAAGAUCUGUGGAUAUUUGGGGGUCAUUUUUAACCUGUGUUAUCUCCGGAGCGGUCUAUUAACAUAAUUACUAGAAUCGUAGGUUCUUGUCAGUAGUAUUUGAAACAAAAUACACUGGACUUGCUCCUGUAAUAUACACAAUAUAUGUUAGGGAAAAAACAGAAGUUGGAAAUUAGUUGUUCUUUGAAUGAACAUACUUCUAAUUACCUUAAUAACGGAGCACUGCAAUCGAUAGGCGUUGGAUAGAAAAACACUUCGUUUGCAGCUAGGCCAUUUCCAUAUCAUAUCCAACUCACGCUUAAAAUUUGUUGCACUGUUAAGACAUCUCAGAUAUAAAUGUUCUAGAGACAACCAUGAGGUUGCAUCGCACGCCUUUGAAAUAGAUAUUUGCCAAAAAACAAACUUAUAUCAUGUCACGCACCCAAUUAGAAUUCUACUACAAUCAAACUUUCUUUUGUAAGAUUUUCGCUAUAUAUUUGUAAAUUUCUGCGCGUUUGGUGAAUUUUGUCAUGAUCCUACUUUUUCUUCAUGGGGAGUGAGAAAAAAAAGUACAAUUAUGUAUUACUGAAAUAAAAUCAAUAAGUUGUCUAUAUCGUAAAUGUGUCCUUGGUGUUAUCACAUAUCAUAUUUAUAUGUGACUAAUUAUAGUUUUAUGGGCUGUAGAGAUUCAGGUAGUCGCAGCACGCAAAUAUAUUUAUCUUUUUGUUAGAAAGAAAACGCAACUCUUCUGAAAUCACUGUUCAUUAAAAGAUGAAUAACUUUCAUCCAAAUUUGUUUAUUUUUGUAAUAUUAUUAUUAUUAUUUUUAGUAGACCCGUACAUACUGAUUCAUCCUUCGGCAGUUAAUAUACCGGUGCAUCGUGAUGUUGCAGUAAUCAACUUUUUUACCGUAACAUCGCAAUGUCUUUUUUUUAAUCCUGAUGUUGACCCUACCGUAAUUGAGCAAAAAUGACGUAAUUCAUGGUUAAAUCUUCACAAACUUGGUAACAAAAGUAUGUUGAUGGAUUCAAGGAAAAUAUUUUGGAUGAAAGAAAAGAAUUAAGAAUCAUGUUUAUACAUUGGCUGUAUGACAUGACUUAUGGGUGUGUAUACAUUUUUAUUACAGUUUACAGAAUAUGCUAGCUAUUUUUAGAAACUUUUAUCGUAUUUGAUCUCAAGAAAUGUUUGCGAAUCUGUAACACUAGCACAUGAACGUUGGUGUUACAGCAGUAUUAAUUAUAAUUGUGUGAGCUGUCGUUUCUGUCAGCUCAAACAAUCCGCUUUUUUAAAGACUGUAUUUUAGAACGACGAGCAGGUUUUUUAUGUGGUUUUCUCUUUUAGCAGUGCUAUUUGUUUGAUUUUUCUUUUUGUUUCGUACUUGAAAUCGGCAUUAUACAUCUCAUUUAUAUGCAUUACUCUUUUAAAGUGCAACACCUUUUUCGUCCUUUUCAUGAAUGCGUAAACUCUUAUGUGUGUUUCUCCAUCUCUUUGUUAUGUCUGGGACUUUGGCUAUAUCGUAAAUGUGUGUUGUUUUAAUAUGGGCCCUGUUUCAUGAAACUCUUUUUUUUAAAUAAAUAAAUAACAACUUCCAAAGGUGCAUGAAAAUCUGGUGGAUGUUUAACAAAGAUUAAGUUGAACUUAGCUCUAAGUUGGACUUAACAAUUAUGGAAAGCCUUUAGCAUCUUCGAAAAUAUUUUGUAAAAGUUAUUUUAAAAGGCAUAAAAUGCUGAUACAAAACAUUCAUGUUCUCUAUUAUCGAGGAGAUUUCAUAAAAUCCUCAUCAAGAACAUGAAAAGUCGAAAAUACUUGGAUUUUUUUCUUUUGAAUAUAUUUUAUUUUAAGGCUACAAAUGGCUCUCUAUAAUGUUCAAGUCCAACUCAGAGUUAAGUUCGACUUAGGAUUUUUGUGAAACACCCCCUGCUCAUAGACAAUCAAAUGUUAAGAUUUCAGUAGCGUGUAACAGUUAUCGUUCUGUAUCUCGCUAUUGAUAACAAGUUUUUUUUUAUGAAACGGGGCCCUGCUUUUGCUUCCUGCGCGUGUAACGCGUCAUGUGCCAACAGUAUCA